AUGAAAACAAAUAACGAGAGCAGAGAAGAGGCUGUCUUAAGUAAAGCAUCUAACUUAAUUAAUUUAAAUAAAUAUGAAGAAUUAUAUGAAUUAUUGGUUAAUUUACAAACUAAAGGGUGGAAAGAAUUAUCAACAGCAAGAUAUACCAAAAUACUGAGAUUAGUGUUUAAUAUGAUGAACAUAGAAGAGAAUUACAAAAACAUUAAGAAUCUAAUAUUGAAGCUAAUAGAAUAUGAGAAGAGAAACAUAAUUAAGAUUGAUUUAAAAUGUAAAUUAAUAUUCUUAGAACUAAGAAAUAGAAACUAUAGAGAAUGUCUAGAAUUAAUUAAAGAUACAGUAGCUGUUUUAAAGAAAUACGAUGACAAAAUUAACAUCAUCAAUGUAUUUCUGUAUGAGUCACGGGCUAAUUAUGAGUUAAAUAAUUUCCCUCAGGCUAAAGCUUCAUUAACAGCAGCUAGAGCAUUAGCUGUAUGUUCUGCUACACCACAAUCAUUACAAUCUGAAAUUGAUUUGUUGAAUGGAAUGUACUUAGUAGAUGAUAAAUGUUACAAUACAGCUAUUAACUAUUUUAUUGAAGUUUUACAACAAACAUACAGUAAAUCAAGUGAUAAUCUUAUUGGAUUAAGAUAUGUUAUUCUUUGUAAGAUAUUAAAUGAGGACUUUAAUAUGAAAGAUAUUCUUAACAAGUAUCCUAACAAAAACAAAAAUGUUAAUUUGUUAGUCGAAAUAAGUAAAGUAGCUAAAAGUAGAGAUGUAAAUGAAUAUCAUAGAAUAUUAGAGAAUUCAGAAUUGAUAAGUGAUGUGUUUUUAAUUAAACAUUUAAGACAUUAUUAUGAUGUGUUAUUUGAUAUGAACAUUUUAAAGAUAGUAGAACCAUAUUCUCAUGUGAAAGUGAGUUUUAUUAGCCAGAAACUAAAUAUUGAACAGAAUGUUAUUGAAAAUAAGUUGAGGGUGAUGAUUUUAGAUAAAAAGCUGAAUGGAAUUUUAGAUCAUUUUACAGAGUCUUUGAUUGUUUAUGAUUGUAAAGAAAAUAAAAAAUCUUUAAUUAGUGAUUCUAUAAGAACCUUUAACAAAUUUAUUAAAUAA